UCAUAACAUUAAGGUUAAGAAGGUUAGAAUUAGAAGAAAUCGUUUAUUUACAAGGAUUUUACUGUUUUGUAUAAAUACGAAUGCUUGAUAUUUUUGUGGUAUUGAAAGAUGGACAAAACUCCAAAAGCAAAGCACAAUAAAUAUCCAAACAACCCAGCUAAACCUGCAGAUAGUGAAUCACCGAUGCAAUUAAACUGUGCAUCAAGAAGUGACCUCUCUUUUGACUAUAGCCCAAUUUUAUCCCAAUGUACAAGUGAUAAUUAUGAUGUGGAUGUUAUUUGGGAUUGGAAUUCGCCUCGGGCCAAAACUAACAUGAGAAGAGGAAAACGACAACAUGCCCCUGAACAAGAAAAACCUCCUUUAAAAAAAACUCCCUCUGGUAAUAAUUUACCCACAUUUGAUCAACUUAAAAAGAAAUUAGAUGCACUCAAAGAAGAAAUAAAUGCAGAGAAGAAUGAAAAACCCAUUAAUUCUUCAUACAUUGAUUUUGAUCACUCAACAAGUAGGCAAAUCAAUUCUCAUAACCACUUAAUGGAAGAUAUCCCCGAAUUAGAAGAGCUUUUUAAUGAUGAUUCAUUUGAAGAGCAGUUGAUUUUAUGUGGUCAAAAAGUUGAAAAUUAUUUGAUUGUGCCAUCAGAAAACACCAAAAUAAAAACUAAUGAGUGUGAAAUAAAGAAGUUAUGGAGUGGUUCAAAUAAUAAUACCACAAAAAACACUAAUAUUGAAAUUAAUGAUAUUGCACAAAAAGAGACAAGGAUCACAAAUAGUAUAAAUGUGGAGGUUUCAAAAGCAAAAAAGUUUAACUUUAAGUCCAGUAAUAAAGCUCAAUCAGUAUCCAUAAAAGGUAUUUUUGAUAUAGCUAAGUCCAAAUCUGAUAAUUCAGAAAAUAAAGUUGACAAACCUAUAGAUGAUUCAUUUAACUUAGCGUUAGCUGCUUUUGAAAAUGAUGAGAUGGAUCUUUUAAAUGAAGUGAAUAUUCACCAGUCAAAAACAGCACAACAUUGUUUUAAUGACAAAGAAUCACUUUCAAAGGCAGCCUUAGAAGAGAUAGAAAGAAAGCGGAAAGAAGCUUUAGCAAAAUUAGAAGCCAAAAGAAAAGUACCACUAUCAACCCCAGCUAAUGAGACAUUUCUAAAAAAAUGUUCACCGGAAAAAAUCGAACAGUCAAAAACAAUACAAAAUUGUUUCAAUGAAAAGGGUAAAUGUUUGGGAACUGAUAUUGAACAUUUACAAAAGAGUUCUCAAUUUAGGAAAGCAAUUUCAUUUGAUGAUUCCUUCUCAAAAGCAGAAUCUAGCAGACAAAGUGAAUCACUUUCAAAAGAGGCCUUAGAAGAAAUAGAAAGGAAACGGAAAGAAGCAUUGGCAAAACUAGAAGCCAAAAAAAAGACAUCACUUGCUACCCCAGUUGAUAAAAAUUCUUUAAUAAAAUGCUCACCGAGAAAAAUCGAACAACCAAAGGCAACACAAGAUUGUUUUAAGGAGAGAAGUAAAUGUUUGGAAACUGGCAUAGAACAUUUACAAAAAAGUCCUCAAUUCAAAAAAACAACUUCAUUUGAUGAUUCCUUCUUAAAAGCUGGAUCUAGGAGACAAGGUGAUAUGUUUUACGAAUCGCUUUCGAAAGAGACCUUAGAAGAAAUAGAAAAGAAUCGGAAAGAGGCUUUGGCAAAACUAGAAGCUAAGAAAAAGACAUCACUUCACAUCCCAAUCGAUAAAAAUUCUCUAAUAAAAUGCUUGCCGCAACAAAUCGAACAGUCAAAGACAAAACAAGACUGUUUUAAUCAAAAAGGCAAAUGCCUGGAAACUGGCAUUAAACAUUUACCAAAGAGUCCCCAAUUCAGGAAAACAGCAUCAUUUGACGAUUCUUUCUUACAAGCUGGAUCUAGCACACAAGAAUCACUCUCCAAAAAGACUUUAGAUGAAAUAGAAAGGAAACGGAAAGAAGCUUUGACGAAACUAGAAACCAAAAGAAAAACACCACUCUCAACACCAGUGGACGAAACAUCUCCAAUAAAAUGUUCACCAGAAGAAAUCGAACAAAAAAGAUUACAGGCUUUAGCAAAACGAGAAGCAAAGAGAAAGCAAGAAAUAAUCGAACGUAACAGAUUAGAAGCCCUUAAAAGACUGGAAAUUAAUAAAAAGAAAAAAGCUUUAGAAUUACAAAAUGCUCACCGAACCGCACCAAAAACGUUACCAUACAAAAUCGCAGAAAAUAACCGAUAGCAUGGCGUAUAUUGAUUUACUUUAGCAUAAGAAUAGAAUCAAUCAUUGUUUUUUUACUAUUAUAUUAUUUUUUCAAUAUUAAAAUAAUACUGUUAUUA